AUGUCGACCAUUAACACGAUUAAAAUUGCAAUUGUUAGUGACAUUGCAUGCCCAUGGUGUUUUAUUGGAAAACGACGCAUGGAGGCUGCCAUUCGCAAUACAAAGGCUACCAAUCCUAAUGUCGAGUUUGAAGUUACAUGGCAUCCUUAUCAGCUCAAUCCUAACAUGUCAAAGGAACCUCAGCCCAAACGACAUUACUACUCCUCUAAAUUCGGAGAGUCUCGUGUGGCUGCAAUGAUUCCUCGAAUGGUGCAAACUGCCAAAGCUGACGGAAUUAAUCUCUCAUACGACGGUGUAGUUUCCAACACUUUUGAUGGGCACCGUAUGAUUAACUGGGCAAAAGCAUUUGGUAAACAGGAUGACAUGGUUGAAGAGUUGUUCAAGGCUUAUCAUGAGAAUGAAAAAUCUAUAUCCGACCCCAAUAUACUGUCCGAUGCUGCCGAGAAUAUCGGUUUGAGCAAAGAAGAAGCGUUGGUUUACCUCGAGAGUGAUGAAGAUGUGGAGCAUGUAAAGAACGAAAUCAAGCGGAGCAAUCUUGCAGGUAUAAACGGUGUACCCAACUUCACCAUUCAAGACAGAUACACGCUUUCUGGUGCACAGGAACCCAGUGUCUUUGAAGAAACAUUUGAUCUUGUUCUGGGAAAUCAAGAGGCUUAGGAUGUACUACUUUUGUCUUUAUAUAUAUAUUAAUAAAUGUAUCAUUACAUUCUCUACCAUCGCACCCAUUGGCUACGAAGCAUAUCUGUGAACCCUUUGAGUUCUGUAGAACAAUCACUGGAAUUACGCUCCUCAAUUGCGGCUGGCAUCUCUUUCUCGAGAUGUACAAUCCUGUUCUUGUUGCUCGGGUGAGUGCUUGCAAACUGAGGAAUCUGAUCUUUGCUAGCUAGCUCCAUACGCCUCCACACUCGAGUAGCCUCCUCAGGAUUAAAGCAUGCUUUGGCCAUCAAUUUGAGUCCGAUAUCAUCUGCCUCUGUUUCACAUUUUCGUGAAAAUGGCAUCAUCAUCAUAAAGUUUAGGGUUAUGUUGUUAAAGAUAAACGAUGGGUCGAUUCCGAUUAACAUUAACGUAAAUUGACCAGCCAAAAGUAUCUUUGCAAAACUCAGUUUUUCUGCACUGUGGCGAGCUAAUUGAUGAGCAAUCUCGUGUCCCAAAACAGCUGCCAUACCAUCUAUACCCACGCAUUAGCAAUAAACAUAAAGAUAAAAGGUAGUCGGACUAGUUAGCUUUAUGUAUUACCUUCGUUUUGCACAAUAGGUAAUAUUCCAGUAAAG